UGUCGUGUGCACGCGAGCUGCGCUGCCAGUACUGCAGUCCACAAUGUUUUUCUGCGUCCGCAGCUCUGCUGAGUUUCACCCUCCAGAGCGCAGCAACAACAGACGAGAGACGGAGAGCGAAAGAAAGAAAGGAGAAAACAUUGUUUGGCAGGGAUUGCACUCGCCUGUAGGAUCUCGGACAGAUUGAGCAGAGCUCGAGGCUUUACUGCGACCACAACAUCUCGCCUGACAGUCUUUAAAAGCUGAUCAAUUUGAACCGGAAUCUGCAGUUCAUGGAGAGCUGAGAACGAGCCUGAUUUAGUCUGUGCUUUUCCUGAAAACUCGGGAAUAAGAAAUCGUGUCUGGAAUGAGAGCAGAAUUUCAAUUGGGAUUGAGGUGUUUUUCGACAAUGACAGCUUCUGUAGAGCCACUGAAUCACAGCGUGGUCUCUGUCUGGUUCUGUCAGGGCACAAUGCAGUCCGUGGUGUAUGUUUUGAAUCAAUAGAUUGUUUGUUUGGUUGUGCAGUUGUUUUUGUGCAUGUGGACGAGGAGGCAGCGUUGCUCUAACCGCUUGAGUUUUUGGCAGUGGAUGCGAAACGUGGUCUGUGUCCUUCAGGGCACAAAAGCAUCCUUGUCAGAGGCGCAGGUAAACGGAGAGGCGUUUGGUGUAAUUACUCAGCGCUGGCGUACACACUUGCACUUGUUCAAAUGCACUCGUGGGAGAUCAGUCUGUUUUCGCUCGAGUGAGAGAGUACAGUGUGUUCAGUUUGCCUUCUCGACUUAUUGUAGGUCAGUGGGUUCAUUCUUCCCAAUUUCGAACAUUUCAGACUUUCGACGUUAGCUGCAUGUGAACCAACAGACCCCAAAUAGUCAUCUUGUUUAUUUUGGAGGGUUAUUUUGGAGACUGAAGCUAGAAUUAGGGUAGGCUAAUUUUGUCCGUCGAGGCAAAGAUUUUUGAGUGGAGCGUUAUUGUAGGGUUGCGGUGAUGUUGUGCCCAGCCUCCUGCUUCCCACUCCUGAGGGAUUUGUCCCAGUUGCGAUGCCUUCUCGGUUGGCCUCGACAACGAGGUGUUUGUGUCACGGGCACAAACCGACCCGUUUGUCAUACCAAGCCACUUCCAGGAAGCAAGUAUUCCUCAGCUGGAUGUCUGCUGUCUCUUCACCACAGCGAGAAGCCAGAGCAUGAAGAAGUGUGUGAGUUUCGUCCGUACACUUGCCCGUGUCCAGGGGCCUCCUGUAAAUGGCAGGGCUCCCUGGAGGAAGUCAUGCCACAUCUCAUGCAUGCCCACAAAUCCAUUACCACCCUGCAGGGUGAGGACAUUGUCUUUCUGGCCACGGACAUCAACCUACCUGGGGCAGUGGACUGGGUCAUGAUGCAAUCGUGUUUCGGCCACCACUUCAUGCUGGUUCUAGAAAAGCAGGAAAAAUACGAAGGACACCAACAGUUCUUCGCCAUCGUGCUGCUCAUUGGCACACGGAAGCAAGCAGAGAACUUUGCCUACCGCCUCGAGUUGAAUGGCAACCGUAGGCGGCUCACGUGGGAGGCCACACCACGUUCAAUCCAUGACGGUGUUGCAGCGGCCAUCAUGAACAGUGACUGUCUUGUUUUUGAUACCUCCAUUGCCCAUCUGUUUGCAGACAAUGGCAACUUGGGUAUCAACGUGACCAUCUCUAUGUGCUGAGGUGGCAGAGUAGGACUUUUUCCUGUAAACCAAAUCUUGGACAGCCUCUGCUCUCUAUUAGACUGCAGAUUCUGAAGACAAUGGUUGGGAGAUGUAUACAUUUGUGUAUAUUUCUGUUCAAGAGUCAUCUGCUAAACCAUUGCACACUUCCCAAUUAAAAUAUAGUGUGCUAGACCGAUGGCUGGAGCUCUUCUGGAGAUGAAGAGGAGAGUGUGGAGGUGUUGGCAAUCAGUUGAAGGAAUUGGUGCAAUGGAGAUUUUCUCUUGCACGCUUCAAGGAUUCAAACACCUCAUCCUUCAGAAAAUAUCUAGGGUAAUGUUCCGGUUGUGGAUUACCACAUUUAUUCCCUGGGAUGCCCCCUGUCCGGCCCAAAAUCCAAUCUUGACUAAUGAAUCUAGUUUAAUGGAAUCAAAAUGCUAACUUGGAAAGAGUCUGGGCAUGGUGUAACAUUUGCCUCAGAAACUUAUAUAUGUAAAAAAAACUGCACUGACUACUGUGGUUUUCCUCCCAGGACAUGGAGUGGAACCAUAGCAAAUGUAUGUGGCAAUGUAAAUGGUAUCUUCUGAAUUUCAUGGUUGUAUGACUAGAUAAAACAGUGCCCAUGGUGAAAAUAAGGUGAGCAUGGUGGAAAUAAAAUUUGGCAAAAGUGACUACAUAGCCGCCAUGUUUGAUAGGCAAGAAUUUGACCUCUUCACUAUUUUCCCCCCAUUGCUUUCCUGUUUCUUUUCAAAAAAUCUAUUCUGUUGGUGUUUCAAUACAGAUGAUGACUACUCUGAAAGUUUAUUUUGGGGUCCUCUGAUAAACCUAUCCAGAGAAAAGCGGAACACUGGUACCAGCAGUAAUCAUGAUCUAAUGUCACAUCACAAAUAUCCCUUGAUAAAUGUAUAUGAUUAUUGUUUGAAGGGAUGUUUGACUUGGAAAUUCUAAAUUAGUUACCCACCCUCAUGCAGGAUGUCUCAGCUGUUCUCUUUCAAUACAUCCUAUAUAUAAGGUUUGUUGAGCUCCUAAAAGCACCAUACAUAUAGCCCAUACAACCUGUGCAGUAUAUUUUAAGUCUUCUGAAGCCAUAUGAUAGCUUUGGGUGACAGCUUAUAAUAGUUUUGCCUUUGUAUUAAACUCUUUGUAUGAAAAAGAGCAGCUUUCACAUUGUGCUGCAUGCCAUAUGGAGCUCAAAAGACAUGAGGGUGAAUGAAUUAUCAAAGAAUUUUCAUUUCCGAGUGACUUAUUACUUUAAAUGGGUGUUCAAACUGUUCUUUUUAGUCUACAUUGUCACCAAUGACUGUAUGUCAAAGAUAUAACCUGCGCACAAACAGCAAUCUGUUGUUUUACUGUUGAUGAAGUGUCAGCAUUUGACUGUUUUUGUUGUCUUUGUACUUUUCUUUCAUUGUUUCACGAUGAUCUGUAAGAUUAAGGAAAGCUUUUGUAAAUAUAAACCGCUUUAGUUUUGUUGGUAUCUGUUGUUAUUGUUAAGUCUCUUUAAAAUGAUCGUUUAGUCUAGACUGAAGGCUUGUUUACUUGGCUUCUUUUAAAGAUCUGAACAGUUUCUCCGUUCUCCCAUUUGGUCAAUGAACCCACAAUGCCUUAUUUGUAUACAAAACUCAAGAGUCUGCUGCCUUUUCGGACUCCGCGUUCAGGUCACUUUGUUCCAAACCUCCAGUGUCUUGAAAGAGACUUGCAUUUUAUACAAAGUGGCAUUAUGUGUGGGAAGGACAUGAGAUGUUCACAGGUUAUCCUACGUUGCCCCCCAAAAACUUGCUGCAGUAACAGUUUCACCAACACCGUUUGAAACCCAGCCUCUUAUCAAAUACCUCUGAUGACUCCGGCGAUGUCUGUGCGAGAAGAGAACUGAUUGUCUUUGAAUGUGGAUGGUUCCGUGAAGAGAUCCCAAAACUGAUGCACAGUUCUCACCCUCAGCUCUUCUUCUUUCUUUGUCUGCUCUCUCUGAAAAAAAUAUUUAAAAUGUAAAUUAAAUGUUUUAUAAAUCUGU